AUGACUGCAAGUCAGUGGUGGACUGCUCUGGAAGGCACCUAUUACUAUGUCAGCUACAAACACAGUAGCAUCCAGCCGAAAUCGUCUGCAGAAGAUAUUUCUCGCUUAGCCCCACCUCCUCAAAGUGCAAAGAAUGCUUGUCGGGAAUACAUGCUCAAACAGGGAGAAGUCUCGAGAUGUUGUGAUAAAGCCGCAGAUAAACAUCUGACAGACAGGGUCAACAUCAAUGUGCGCUUUGGCGUGCAUGCGACAUUCUUGCCUUAUGAUCCAGAUAAUACGCUGGUACAACGGGGAAACACCUUCGUGAGCCGUGCCAUCGCCGAUCAGGACAAGCAACUUUGGGCAGAGGUCGUGUGGGAGUUAUCUGUACUCAAUUUCCAUCUGGAUCUUCUCGACCUGGACUGGACAAUGGCGGAAGCACAUUAUACCCAUGCUAUUCGGAAUCUCGCUGCCCAACGCAAAGCUAGCAUAUGCGACAUUUGGAAUGGCAUCGGUGUACGGCCGAUGUGGCAGGAGGACAUUGACUACGAUCCUCUUGGUUGCCUAAACUGA